UUCAAAAUGCCGUCUCUGCAACCCAUCAAACUCUACACCCAUGGAAAUGCCCCAAAUCCACUCAAAGUUGCUAUUCUUCUAAGAGAGCUCGAUAUUCCUUACGAAACCAAAAGUGUUCCUUUCGAGGAACUGAAGAAAGAACCCUAUGAGUCUAUCAACCCAAAUGGCCGUCUCCCCGCAAUUCAAGACCCAAACACCAAUCUAACGGUUUGGGAGUCUGGUGCUAUUCUAGAGUACCUACUUGAGAAAUAUGAUCACGUUGCUUCCCUCACCUUUGCCCGCGACUCAGCCGAAUAUUUUGAAGCCAAGCAAUGGCUCUUUUUCCAAGUUUCGGGCCAAGGCCCUUACUUUGGCCAAGCGGUCUGGUUCACCUUGUUUCACCCUGAGCAAAUCCAAAGUGCAAAGGACCGAUAUGUGAACGAGAUUCGUCGUGUGACGGGAGUCUUGAACAAGGCAUUGCAAAACAAGAAAUACCUUGUUGGCGACAAAUACAGUUACGCCGAUCUCGCAUUUUUACCUUCGUAUGAGAUUGUGCCAAAAAUGUUUAAGGAGGAAGUCAAAUUAGAGGAGGAUUUCCCUGAGGUGGCACAGUGGCUUGACAGGAUCAAGGAAAGGAAGGCUGUCCGAGAAGCGAUGGAGGAGUUUGCAUCUGCUACUUGA